GAGGCACUAGAUGAAGCUUGAAUUGACUGUCUGAACCAUGCGUCAUGUGUGUGUUGCUUGAAAGAACCGAGGGCUUCGGGACCCUCGCCAGACCCUGCUUUUGGGUGGGUGACGAGUCUUCCACGCUUACUGCAUUGGGCAACCGUGCCCAGCCCCUGAAUCCAGGUGCCAAGGAGCCAGUUCAGUUCAACAGAAGCUGGAAGUCGGGGUUACGCCUGGCGGAAGGUAGGCCGUGGUGGCUAUAUCGGACCGAGAAGAGGGCAGUUGAGUUGCGGUCCUGGCUUGCAACCGGGUCGCAGACGAGAAGCAGGCGAUGCCUCGGCGGCGGACCUGUCAGACUAUUGCGCGUGCUGGCCACGUCUCCUCGGGGCGUAGGCGCAGUAUGGAUGAAGCCGUGGAUGAAUUGUACCGGGAGGGUACCUUGGACUGUGGAUGAAUGCGUGGUGUCGCCGCCGUAAGGAGGUUGUGGUUUCGAGGAGCGGUAUAGCUAGCUGGAGAGGACGGACAUAUGUGUCGGUUCUCCAAGAGGGAGGGAGCUUUGCAGUUGCCGAAGUA